AUGUUCACCAAAGUACUAUCUUUGAGCGCUGUUUUGGCGGUGGCUGCAGCGGGACUCUUGGCUGAGCCUCACUACUCCUCAGCUGCUGCUGUCUCAUCACAAAGCAUUGUGCGUCAUGACCAGCCUCACGCUGUGGCCGCCGCACCUGUAGCGUACCACGCUGCACCUGUUGCAUACCACGCUUCACCUGUGGCCUACCAGGCUUCUCCCGUCCAUUACUCUUCCGCCGCGGCUGUAUCUUCGCAAAGCAUUCAACGUCACGAUCAGCCUCAAGCCACUGUUGCCCACUACGCUGCUGCGCCUGUAGCUCACUACGCUGCUGCACCUGUUGCUCACUACGCUGCUGCACCUGUAGCUCACUAUGCUGCUGCUCCUGUUGCUCACUACGCUGCUGCACCUGUAGCUCACUAUGCUGCUGCUCCCGUUGCUCACUAUGCCGCUUCAGCACACAACAUCGUAUCUGCCCAUGAGGAGGAAUACGCUCACCCCAAAUACGACUUCUCAUACUCCGUAGCCGACGGUCACACUGGCGACAACAAGUCCCAGCAUGAAAGCCGCGACGGUGACGCCGUGCACGGCGAGUACUCCCUGCUCGAAGCUGACGGCUCUGUGCGCACAGUCCAAUACACCGCCGAUGCACACAACGGUUUCAACGCAGUCGUUAGCAACUCUGCCCCCGCCAAACACGCUACUGUUGCGCCAGCCCAUAUUCUCGCACACCAUUGA